CAGCAGUCGGCCCAUGGAUAUAUAUAGUUACCUACCGGCCAGCUACUUGCCGGAUAAAUAAACCAUGUUGAACGCCUCGUCAACACAAGGGCGGAGAUACCACCGAAAGUCCCGAAAUGGCUGUAUGCAAUGCAAGAAGCGCAAAGUCAAGUGUGACGAGAGGAAGCCGAGAUGCGAAAAGUGCGAAGUAUAUGGGGUUCCCUGUACAUAUGCAACGGGAAGCACCACCAAGACCACUAGCAUCUCGCAACGGACCUCUCCGGAGAGCUCGACUGAGGCCUGGGUCCAAAAGGCCUCAGAAGACACUUUAGGGAUUGAAUCUGGAGCCGGAUCUACCAUACUGGGAGCCUUACCUCUGUUUACCCUAGAGCUUCUUCACCACUGGACAACAGAAACAUCUCGGACACUUUCUGCCGAGCCAGAGGUGCAGAAAAUGUGGCAAGAGCAGGCUCCAAAGGUAGGGUUUACUACACCCUUCGUCAUGCAUUCGAUUCUCGCAGUCUCAGCAUUGCACCUCUAUCGUCUAUGUUCCGCGGACCGCAGACAGGAGUGCCUUGAGCAAGCCCAUACGCACCACAUGGCAGCCAUGCAAGUCGUCGCGCCGAACAUCAGCAAUCUAGUUGAAGGUCAAGGGGCAGCAGUGAUCAUGUUCUCAUGGUUGACCUGCAUCUAUGCUUGCAGUCGUCCACAUACACAAAACGAUCCUCUGAUACUUGGAGAAAGCGGCACUCCUGAAUGGCUGACAUUCCUCCGCGGAAACAAGGUGGUCUUAGAGUCCAGUAGGCACAUGUCUCGGCAUGGGGUUCUUGCGCCUGUCUUCAACAAUGGGGACCGACGCUCUUAUGUACGGCGGAAUACCCCGGCUAUUGAUGGAGAGCAGUACGUAUGGCAGGUGAGAGAGUUCAUCAUGGAGCAUGUUUCCAAUCAUUCAGAGCGGGAGAUGUACAUUAAGGCCGUGGAUUUACUUUCCCAGUCAUUUGCUUUCAUCAUGGGCGACGUUUCUCGAGCGGCAGACACCACUGUGGUCAUGCCCUGGCUAUUUGAGAUUCCUGAUGGGGUCGUGGAUUGCCUCCAGCAGAAAUCACCACCUGCCUUGAUUGUGUUCGCCUAUUUCUGUGUCCUGGUGAAGAAGCUGGACUGGAUGUGGUGGUUGGAAGGACUGAGCCACAAGUUCAUGGGCGAACUGUUCAACGCUCUGGAUCCGGAGUAUCGAGAGUGGUUACGAUGGCCAAGUGAAGCAAUUGGGUGGACUUGUUUAUGAUUGGUAUGCGAAAUGAGUUAAUCUAUGCAGUCAUGAAAUAUCAAUACCAGGGACAAGGCUGAGCCUCAUACUCGUUUCGG